AUGCCCAGUUUACCCCCGCUGGCGCCGUAUCCCGAGGCGUCGUGGCAGCAACGCCUGAGCACCCAGGAUUGGGACACGCUCUUCGACACAUGGAUACUGCUCUGUCAAGCGUAUCUUGCGCUUCCAGAUGACGAGUUCCGGACAACAGCGGCCAACGAUGAGUCCGUAGCGGCAUUCGUGGCGACAUAUGUCACCGAAACGGCCGCGUCCCCGCCCAGCACGCCUUCUACGCAGCUUCCCCGGCUCGUCUUCCAACUCACGAGCCGCCUGCUCACCUUGGAGAAGCCGUCACAUCAAUUAUUGCAGUAUAGCUUCCUUUCCGGACUGGCCAAGCUAUACCCGAGAAAGCGAGUGGCGCCUCUCAUCGCCGACGUCUUUACGCAACAUGCCGCGCUUGCCGAGGCAUCACUUGCUGCGCUCAAGAAGCUUCUCAUCCUCCACCUGGACUCGGGAAUCAAGGGAGACCUAAAGCUGGUCGAGUCACAUCUCAGCACGGUCAACUCGCUGCUGCAUGCAUCACCUCACGCUUGCACUCUGUUCCUUGCCGGAUCCGACUUUUUCGACGGCCUCGUCACCUGCUUCAAAGUGAUGAAUCCACCGCUGCGCAAGGUCAUCAUAACAACGACGUAUCUGUGUAUUGUCGGGUUGACAGAGGCAGAACCGCCAAAAUGGGCCAUGCUCAGCGACGAGCUGUUCUCGCUCAAGAGCGCAGCGGACGCUCACAAGCAGGGCCCGCUCAACGUCAACGACUCCUUGGUUGCGGAGUUGGUGACGGCUACGCCACUCCUUAAAGUCCUCAUCCGGAGAGCGGAAGACUCGACUGCCGCCUCUGACUCCUUGAAGAAACGCAUCACGGCCUUGGAACCAUUCAAAAAGGGCGCAAUGGUCCGCCCGAAACGUCUCACCAAACGGAAAUUGGACAAGGGCAAGGGCAAGGCCACGCAGCACGAUGUGGACACGGAGAUGCAUGUGCACCGCAUGAGCCAGAUCACGCAGGUCCAGGACCUUUUCCCUGAUCUAGGCGCGGGCUUCGUGUCGAAAUGCCUCGACGAAUAUCACGACGACGUGGAGCAAGUCGUCGCAAAUCUCCUCAGUGAAUCGUUGCCAGCUCAUCUAGCUAACGCGGAUCGAAGCGAGCCGCUGUCUGUCCGCCAGCAGCCGCCCGCCCCAGACAUGGCUCCCCGCCCGACACCACCUCUGGUACCAACCAGACGCAACGUUUUUGAUGAUGACGAAUUCGAUCGCCUGACCACAGAUGUAUCCCAAAUAUCAUUUGGCAAGAAGCCGGGUAAAACAGCCGACGAUGUGCUGAAAGAUAAAUCCACUGCACCAAACAAAGCAGCAAUCCUGUCUGCACUGGCAACUUUUGACUCCGACGAUGAUGAACGCGACGACACUUAUGACGCCGCCGAUGUUGGCGGCACUGUUGAUUCGACAACCCAGGAAGAGGAGAGCGUGAAUGACAGAAACGAAGAAGCGCUAUUCCGGGCGUACCAGACAGACCCCAAGGUGUUUGAUAGAGACGCCGCUACACGCAGGGGCGCCACAAGAGCGGCCCUGCGGCAGGCAACGGAAAUGGCCGACGAGGCGAUCGAGGGAUGGGCACUGAUGCUGACGAGAAAUCCUCAGCAAAAGAAGAGGCUGGAGCUCAAGUACGCCUUCAGCGGACAGCAGGCGCAGCUGGAGCGAACGGCCUGGAGGGGCAGCCCUGCCGGGUCCGGAACUGAAGACAGCGAUGCCGAUGCCGGCGCGGGUCGAGGAGGUCGAGGAGGCCGAGGCAGCCGAGGCGGUGGUCGUGGACGCGGCAGGGGAAGAGGAGGCAGCGUCUCGGGUCCGACUGGCGAAAAGGAGACGGAGUCGGCGAGGAGAAACAAAGAGGCGCACAAGGGAUCGCGGGCCAACCACAACCGCAGAGACGCCCGAGCCAAGAAGAUGGCCCGCGGUGGGUUCGCUGGCUAA